CUUUCUCUCGUCUUCACCGCGCUUGCAUCCAUCGUGGUUCUUGCUACGGCGUUCCCUAUGGACGGAGCCAUUGCGAAACGUUCCUAUGCAGAGAACCGCGCCGAACUUCUAUCAUAUGUAGGGAAGCGCGAGGAGCUUGACGCUGACCACAAGAAGCAUCCUCAUGGUGCGGAAAAGCGCGAGGAGCUCGACGCUGACCACAAGAAGCAUCCUCAUGGUGCGGAAAAGCGCGAGGAGCUCGACGCUGAUCACAAGAAGCAUCCUCAUGGUGCGGAAAAGCGGGAGGAGCUCGACGCUGACCACAAGAAGCAUCCUCAUGGGAAGCGUGAGGAGCUCGACGCUGACCACAAGAAGCAUCCUCAUGGUGAGAGGAAGCGGGAGGAGCUCGACGCUGACCACAAGAAGCAUCCUCAUGGUGCGGAAAAGCGCGAGGAGCUCGACGCUGAUCACAAGAAGCAUCCUCAUGGUGCGGAAAAGCGGGAGGAGCUCGACGCUGAUCACAAGAAGCAUCCUCAUGGUGCGGAAAAGCGCGAGGAGCUCGACGCUGACCACAAGAAGCAUCCUCAUAGUGAGGGAAAGCGCGAGGAGCUUGACGCUGACCACCGGAAGAAGCAUGGUCACGGUGAGAGGAAGCGCGAGGAAGAUGAUUCUGACCACCGCCACCACCAUCCUCACGACGGGAAACGUGAGGAGCUUGUCACCGGUGACCUCAAUUAA